CAAAACAAAAAAUAUAUAUUUAUUUUAUAUAAACAAUAUGAGCUACCUGGAACAACCGGUUGAUCCACGCAAUCCUCACGGACUUGGCGACCCGAAUGACACAAAAUUGCGCAAGGUGGAGGUCGAGGUCCUGAUACCCAAGAUUAUGCGCGACCGGGCAAAGGCUGAGCUCUGCACCAAGGAAGUCGCAGACUUUGAGGCGUGCUGCAAGACCAGCAGCAUCUUCAUGGUGGCGACAUGUCGCAAGGAGAACUCUGCCCUAAGGGACUGCCUGACGCUCUGGUAUCAGAACGAGGCCUUCAAGGAGGAGUGCAGGAAAAUCUAUUUGCAGGAACGGUCAGACUAUCGCAGCACUGGCAUACCCAAGAAGCACCGCGUGGAGAAAAUAUAGUCCUUACAUAAGUAUUUUGGUUGUUAUUGUUUACUUUGCACGAAAGACGAAUAAUUGAAGCGACGUACAAUUGUUUCCGUGA